CACAGUGACAGAGUAGGACCCUCCUUCUCUCUUCUCUGUAUUUUUCCUUUUCCACUUCUGUUUCUCUGAUUCCUUUGGCCGUUAUUCAUUUUUUCUUUCCACCCUCUUUCCAUCCAUGCCGGUUAAACUCUUGACCGGCUCCGAUGGUCCUGUUCCUGAUCAGCCCCCUCCGCCGUCGGAGUUGGGCCGAGCUCCAAACCUUGAAAAUGGCGACCAGUUUUGGGACAAAGUCACCACUUAUCCCGAAUCCUCCAUCAACACAGACGCCGAACCCCUACUGUUGGAACCUGAAAUAGAGGCGAGCGAGACCACUGCUCAUCAUCAAUUGCCAGCUUCUUCCAUUCCUCGUCUUUUGAUUGAAGGAGGAGAUUCCCCAUACUACUUUCUCCAAUACACAAGUACUGCUGCUACUACCAAUACCAGUCGUCCAGGAGAAUCUGACUGGGUAUUUUGGUCACGAUAUAUACUCGACAAUGAGGCUUAUCGUGACAUUCUCAAUAAGGUUAAUAUCUAUAAACCCGUUCAACUUUUUUCAUCUCUGACGGUUCAGAUUGAUCAAGCAAACCUAGGUGUGCUCCUUUCAAGGUGGUGCAGCGAGACUCACACAUUUGUGGCUUCUUGGGGUGAGUUCUCACCUUCUUUGGAAGAUGUCUGUGAAUUAUUCUAUCUUCCCGUCUUCGGCAUAGCUAACGGACCAUCCAAAGAGGACCAGGAAAUUGUUGAGGCCUUGCGUAGCGCCGCCACAGAGGCGGCACAAUGGGGCUCACGCUUCCAAGGCUCUGUUCUUCUGUAUUCACCUUCUACGUGUUUGUCAAAAUACCCAACUCAUGCCCAGUGGCUAAGACACUUCUUCCGAGAUUAUGAACCAAUUUCUAAUGAGAUUGGUUCUCCCCGUAGAAGUGUCACAGGGCCUCAAUAUGGAAAACGGUAUGAGCUAGCUGCGUUCUUAUCUUACUGGUUAGAUAGGUUUAUUUUUGAAGGCAAACCCGAUGGUGCAAUUAACCAGAGAGUGUUCCCUUUGGCUGCCGUUCUCUCUCGUGGCCGCACAUUGCCUCUUGCCCCCAUGUUUCUUGGUACUUUAUACUACAGGUUGGAUAUGCUGAAGCAAGAUUGUGCUCGGUCUCUCGGUCGCUAUGAAGUCACUACUUAUGUUUCUUGUUCAUUCUUGACUUUGUUUCUGUUUGAGCGCUUCCCAAGCUAUGCCCCUCCUCCCAAAACCUUUUGCGAAAAAGAUGAAAAUGGCAAGACUCGGAGCCUUAGUCGUGCAUUGAGGUGGACCAACCUCACCACUCCCUGUAAAUUGGGCGACUAUAUUGAUGGAUUUGAAAACUUCUGUGCCCGUCCCUAUGGUGUUAAGCUAGACGGCAUUGUUUUUCCAAGGAUUUGUGGGGGUCCUGAAGAUGUUGUGGCAGUGCUGAAGGAUGACUUCAACUUCAAAACUUUGAAGUUCAUUGCAAUUGUCUGCAAAUGUGUUCUUCCCUACAUAACUGAGACUGGAAAAGGAGCUGUUGCGUACAAUCCUACAAGGAUUGCUCGCCAAUUUGGAUAUGACCAAGGUGUACCAGAGUCUACCAGUUGCCAAGGAUCAUAUACUUCCAGCUGCGCUAGAUUUCGCAGUAGUCACAAACUUGUACUUAGUCAAUAUCCUGCUAGCUUCACUAUGCCUUCAUGUAAACGCCAAGGUAGGUACACUGCACACUUCCGUAAGUAUUGGGCUAAGAUUUUGAAGUUGUUUGCCUUUCCUUCGGGCUCUCCUCAACCAUUGGAAGCAGUCCCUAUAUUCGAAGAUGACGUUUCCUUGAAAGCUCCACAAAAGCGCAAAAGGCAACCUCCAUUGAUCAACCGUAGGCCACCCAAGUGGAAGCGCAUGAGAGUGGUCCCCAAGCCCAUCAAGAUCCAAGAUAGUGCUAGUAAUAGGCACUUAAACUCGGAGGACAUCAACUUGAAUGCGCCAGAAGCUGAAAAUAUAAAUGUAGCCCCCGCUACAGCUUCAUCAGCAGGUGCUUCACUACCCAACACCAGUCUUACGCCGCCCCUUCCUCCACCUCCAAAGGAGAACAUUGGCAUUAACGAAUUAGUGCAGUGGCACGGUUAUAAAUGUAGGUUCCGUAGCAUUCCGUACCUUGAUUGCAUAUUUCACACAUAUCCGGAGACUUUUGAUAGUUUUAGAGUGAAAAGUGCAUAUUUUCAGAGGGUGUACUUGGAUGCCCUUGCGAGUCUCAUCAAAUCUAUUGAAGAAAAAAGCAUUAGCCAAAUUCCUAUGCAUAAUAUCAAUCUGGCUAGAGAUCUAAUAAUGGAUUGCAAAUCUGUGGGGUUGGAUCUAUCAUGGCUGGAACUGAAGUACGCAGAUGCUACAGCUAGACUUACCGUCCAUGGUCUUAACCAAGAAUCUGCCCGGAUUUCAGCGGAAUUGCAACAGAAUAAUAUGUAUGCUACGCAACUCCGUCGCUAUUUGGCAGCAAAGGAAGCAAAAACUGCUUCUCUUACAGCCAGGUGCAAGGAAUUGGCCAAGAAAAUCUCUUUUCACAAAACUCUUAUUGAUUCUAAUCUUAGUUCUGAAGAUAAUGUUUUGAAAGACUUAUUAACUGAUGAUCCACACCCGGAAAACUUAAACACGGGGGGUUUAGCAUCAACUACCCGCCAAGUGCAACUAACCAAUUGAUAAUUUGAUACCACAUCACAAAACCUCUGCAGCUUUUGGGACACUCUUGGCCUUUCCCUGGACUUGCAGCCCUCUCUUUUUUGACGAGCCUUUGAGAGCUUGUGUUUUGAUGGCAUGUAAGUAUGUUAACUUAUGAUAGAAAUGGCUAGGAUACUUGGAAGCAUUCUAGCUAGAUCACUUGCUACUCUUUUGUAAUGUGUUUAGUGUGUGUAGCUGUGUAUAAACAACUUGUGAUGUAACUUUUGAUGGAAAUGGCUAGGAGAUUUAGAAGCAGUGUAGCUCACUUACUGCUCUUUUGUAAUGUGUUUUAUGUAUAAACAACUUGUGAUUGUUCAAUGAAUCAUCCAUUGUCUCUAUCCAACAUCUGAGAAUACCCCAUGAUAACUUUUUUCUUUCUAUGAUUUAGCUAAAUUAGUUUAGGUUGAGUUUGCAUCAACUUAAGUAGACAACCAUG